UUAUGGAACAAUUCAACCCGGGGUUACGUAACCUCAUAAACCUGGGAAAGAGCUACGAGAAAGCGGUUUCAGCCAUGGUUCUGGCUGGGAAGCAGUACUUUGAUGCUGUAUCUAAGAUCGGGGAGAACACAGCCGUGUCUCCAGUGUCCAGGGAACUGGGGGUCGUCUUGAUGGAGAUCUCAGACGUCCAUCGGAAAGUCAAUGUAGAACUGGAGGAGAACUUCAGACGCUUUCAUCGGGAGGUUAUUGCGGAGUUGGAGAGGAAGACAGAGAUGGAUGUGAAAUACAUGACGGCCACGUUUAAGAGAUAUCAGACCGAACACAAGAUGAAGCAGGACUCGCUGGAGAGAUCGCAGUCAGACCUGAAGAAACUCAAAAGGAAAAGUCAAGGAAAGAACGCUUCGAAGUAUGAGAGUAAAGAGAACGAGGCUCGAGAACUUCUGACGGAGAACCUGACCAGUUGGCAGGACAAAUGUAGUGACGCUUCCAAUGUCCCUGAGAGUGUGAUAUCCAUGAUUGAAGGUCUACGCACUCCACAGGCGUCUCCAUCCCUCCAGCGCUACAACAGGGCCAACUCAGAUGCAAUGUUUCCUGCACCGCCAGCACCUCCUCAGACGAGUCCCCUGGCCAACAUGUUCAGUCAGGAGUCCUCCAGGAGAGAGGAGAGAGAGUCAGUCUACAAUAACGAGGACAACGCAUUGUCUAGGUCUGUGUCGAUGGCCACUGGCCUCAACCACAUAGACAAAAGACCCAAAGUGCGCACCAUUUUCCCCCACAAGUCUGGAAACAACAGCACGCUGCUGAGCUUUGAAGAAGGAGACAUUAUCACACUGCUGAUUCCUGACGAAAGGGACGGCUGGCUGUACGGAGAGCUGCAGAAAAGCACUGAAAGACAGCGGGGCUGGUUCCCAUCAUCUUACUGUCGCGCAUACACAGAGCCAGCGGUAAAUAACAGUAUUGCUGGAAAUCCUCCGAUGCGCAGUAAGAGCGUGGCCAACCUCAUGCAGAAGGACCCAGAGGACGACAUGAUGGUUUUGCCUCCAGCGGACUACAACGAUUCGCCCGUCAGGAGAAGCUCCACCAAGAGUCUGACGAGGACAUACUCCUCCACAUACGAAAUCCCGAUGUCUCAGUCAAACGGACUGCCAAAGCAUCCUAUCCUAGGGGGAGGGAAUCCAUUCGCUACGGUCAAACUUCGGCCCACAGUCACCAAUGACAGAUCAGCCCCCGUCAUCUGAUCAACACCAGAGACCCGCCGCCGAGGAUGCUGGGCUUAUUCACACACACACAUACUGUUCAACCACUAUUUAUGUCAGUCCCCUUUAAACCUCCAUCUCUCUCUAUGCAUAUAUAUAUAUAAUGGGUGUAUGUAUAGAGGGAAUUAAUAUAUAUGCAUUUAGUUGUAAGAACCAGUAACCAGAUGCUUAACUUUCAAAGUAUCAUUCUGUAAAUACAUGAGAAGAUGGGUGUGAUUAAGAGGGGUUUUUUUAAUCAUUGUGAAGAUAUUUUGUAACAUGUACGCUAGAUGGGAACCUGCGUUAGCAGAGAAGUCCUGAUGAUAGUGAUGAAACACCGAUGAAAAAUUAUACUUACUGUAGAUGCUGUCUGAACUGGCCACUAGUCCUUAACACACUUGACCUGGUUGCUAGUGGAACGAGCUGAGUGUGACGUUCAUGGAUUGGAAAGCAGAGCCAUGAACAUGUACAGUACGCAUGUUUUCCAGAGUUAGCGGGCUAACUCACUCAGCUGGCCUUUAGUCGGCCAAGUCGAGCUCCAGUUUGACCCGGAGACGUCCAGUGUGCAGGCAACACCGUCAUCUACAGAAGAGCUUUUAGCUGCUUAUCAAUGCUUUUAGAACAAGGGAGCUUUGCUUUUAUCAGCGUAGUCUCAACACUGAAUAAUCAGUCAGUGGAUAGUGAUUUAUCUUCUGCUUGGGGGAAACUAUUCACUUGGCUUUGAUUGUAUCAAUGCACUUUUCUGUUGAUGUUGGCCUGAGAUCUUGUAGAUCACUGCUGUAUGACAAUAAAAUAUUUUGUUUCUAAA